UCUGUCGCCUGUAAUACCACCACUUGCUGUUGGAUAAACUAUACAAAUACAUGUCAGACGUUUGCGCAUCACGAAGCUGCCUCCGUCUCCACGACCAACGUCAUCCGUCGCGUAGCUCCUCGGUCACUUUCGCAUUCCAUCACUUGCGCCAGGCACCCUUCACGAUAGCAGCUAUCCCCCAGCGCUCGCCGGCCCGUCCGGUUCCCGUCGCGAGGACAGAUGCUCCUCGCAUACACAAUCCUUCCUGCGUAUAGUUGAUGUCGAUUGAAUGCCUCCCGUGCUGAAUCCCUUCCUGCGCGCCUUCUUCCGCAGUGCACUCCCCAGCCAGUGCUCUCCCGCGCAGCACCACGUCCUCCUUGUCCCCACGACCGAAGUCCUCCUCACGUCGCGCGACAAAGACUCCGGCAGCUCGUACGCCGACCUUAGCGGCUCCGAAGAGUUCCUCGCCAGCCAUGUGCUGCGCGUGCCGGGCGGCGUGGGCCCCAACAACCAGGUCCGCGACGCCAGCAGCUUCCGGGAGACGCGCGGAAAGGCCAAGCAGUUCACCACCGCGAACGGGCGCACGGUGAUAGUCAAGGAUGCCUUCAUCUAUAGUAACAAAGGCUUCAAGACGCUCAACCAGGCGCAGCUACUCAGCGACACCAUCUUCUAUCCAGACACCUUCGAGGCCCAGCCAUGGCUCGUCUACUACAUCUCGCGCCCCCUGAUAGGCACCUACGAGGCGACACCAAUCAUACCCGCGACAUUGGUAGCAAGGAAGGACGUCAAGGCAGCAGGGACACCAGCCGCAGGGACACCAGCCGCAGGGAGCUCUUCAGCGGCCGGCAGCUCCUCUAUGCCGCGGAAGAAGGAGGUCAAGUCCUUUGGCGACCUGCUGAACCACUUCCCCAUGAUCGCACGGCAGAUGCAGCCAGGGCUAGAGAGCUUGUUCAGGGAAUUCGGGAAAGAGCUGGAAAAACCGCUACCGCCGACCCCGUCGACGGGAUCGCGAAGGUCAUCUCAAAGCUCUCGGAGGCGCGGAUCGGUAUCGUCGGUGGAAACCGCUGGGUCGCGUCCUCUGUCAAUGCACAGCAGCAUGUCUCACGGGCCAAACGGAUUCAUUUCGACGCUAGAGAUCGGCGAUGAGGAGGACGCGAUGCGCAACUCGCUGGAGACUGCUGUGACGGCGGCGAUCGAUCUCUUCCAGAUGGUGGACAAGCAACAAUUGUCGUUACUGGGCGCGACAACAGAUCUCACAGGACCUAUCGUCGAGCGAAUGAUCGAGCGCUGCAUUGCCGAGCAGGUGCACCACACACUCCUCUUCCCACGGAUAUGCGACAUACGCCGACUCGAAGACCUGGAUCUUGAGCGACAGAUGCAACAGAUGCAGGAUAUCGACAUUUCGCAAGUGGGCAUUGAUAUUGGCAAUGGGCACAAAGGCAAGCAGGAACUCGCCAUACGGCUGUCCAAGGCGGUCGACAUGUUCAAGAAGAUGGGCGUGGCUGGGAGCCCGCAGGAGAUGUUAGAGAUUGUCCUGGCUGUGACGAAGCACAUCACAAUGCCUGACGCAUCAUCGGUGGCGAAUGAUCCCACGGCGCAGGCUACGCUGAAUGGCCAGCAGCUCUCCGAAAAGCACGACCAUCUUCUCACCAUCAACGCGGAUACCCUGGUUUCUUUGUUACUUAUUGUGGUGAUUCGCGCCCCGGUGCGACAUCUACAGGCGCGACUCUCCUACAUGCGCCACUUCAUCUUCAUUGAUGAUGUAGAAACUGGUGAGAUGGGAUACGCCCUAAGCACAUUCGAAGCUGUAUUGUCAUAUCUUCAAAACGACUCAGGCGGCUUGCGCAAAGCAAGUCGGCGGAAUCGAAAGCUGUGGCGAGCGACACAGUCAGGCGACCUGGCCACAAUGCAAAGCAUCCUCGAGCCUGAUCGGUCCUUUCACGAGGCUGUGAAUGACUCGUCAAGCGAAGACGAGGUCCCAGAGCGACAUCACCCCGUCAGGUUCGCGAGCUUCUCGGAUCUGAAUUCACUUGCUAGUUCGUCAAUGAACGGAGACUACGAACCCCGGAGAAGACGGCGGCGGAGCCCUUCUGGUACUAGGCAAAAAAACGAGGACGGGCCACUGGCACACAUCUUUCCAUUCCAACGCGCUCAGACGCCAACAUUACCGGAUCGACCGAAGUUGAAGAAGGCCGUCUCAUACGACACACGGAGUAUGUCGAGUUGCUCAGCGCGGUCGUUCAGAUCUCGCACAACGAUGGGCUCUCUGUACAGCGCCAUAGAAGGCGACACGUCAAUCGAGAAGCUCGUGAUGACACAAGGCUCAGGUGGCGAGUCGACCUUGAUGAUGGCCAUCGAGAGCAAGCAAGAUAAAGCACUGCAGUAUCUGCUCAGUCUUACGCAGUUCUACACACCUACCUUCGUGUUCGAGGACUGUAACAACGAGGGGACAACGCUGCUAAGCUUGGCAGUGCAGCUUGCCCACAGCAAGUCGACAGAUACAUUACUUGCGUAUAUCCUGGAGAACAGCAGUAGUCCGGAGAUGCUCGCCGCCUAUGUCGCGAAACAAGACUCGAAGGGCAGGUGUAUGGCACACUACCUGUUCAACCAGCCCCGCCUCAUCCAACACAUCGGACACCUCGUCCCGUGGCGAUUGAAGGACAAGAACGGACAGACACCUGUCUUUGCCCUUUGCAGAUCCUAUGAUCAUGAAGAGUAUCACAGUAUGGUAGACCAGGGCCUACUAGCCGCCACUUUUGCACAAGAGGAUGGACAGCCGUUGCAUCUCGAUGAGCAUGUGGAUGCCAAAGGCAACAGUCUGCUGCACGUCAUCACCGAUCCUCAACUCGCGAACAAGCUUCUGUACCGUUGCGAUUCGGAUGUCAAUGCUACGAAUGACAAGCACUUUACACCAUUGAUGGUUGCUAGCAAGUACGGUCGUACGGACAUGGUUCGAGUACUGUUUCAGGAUCCGCGGGUCGACUUGUCAGUGAGAGAUGCUCGCGGCUUGACUGCUGUCGAGCUUGCUAAGGAUGAUGAUGUUCGAAAUCGCAUCGACGAUUUGGUGCUGCUGUCUAAUGAACCUGGUGUUGACGGACGAAUUACGACUGUCGUUCGCUCGUUCUUCGUUGAAGACGGUACUGUUCGACUGGUGCUCAAGUCCGGGGCACCCAAUUCCAACGGCACCAUCACUGUGACCACCUGUCGCCGAUCGUCUCAUGAUUUUGAAAAUCUCGCCAAGUGGCUCGCUCAGGAGAACCCAGCAUCGUGGUUACCAGUCAUCGCCAACAUGGCCUCACCCUACCUCAUCCCAUCCAGACCAUCAAGAUCGGUGUUGCGUGAUCUACAACUCCGCCUUGACGCCUUCCUCAAGAUCCUCCUCCGACAUCCUACGUUCUCCAUGCAUGAAAUGGUAUGGGAGUUCUUCCUCGUCCCAGACAUCGACUCGUCAAUGCUCGCACAGCGCUCCGCCCGCAAAGCCGAACUCCGCGUCGAACGCCUCCGCGAAGAAUUCGCCCCAGUCUACGACGUGCGCGAAGUCGAACUCUUUGUGCAACACGCCCGCGAAAACGUGCGCUCCCUGCACCACGCAUCCAAAUCCGUCCUCCGCCGCACGAACAAACUCCGCAUGUCAUCCUCCGAUCUCAACGACGCCGCAAAGCUCUCAAACACCGCCGUCCACUCCCUUACCUUCCUCCCUGACGCACAUCUCCGCGCGUUCGAACGCUAUACCAAGACAAUGGCAACGAGUGAGGCGAGCCCAAUCGCAGGGUUCUGUUACAACAUGCACGCCAUAAGCUCCACCAUAACCGCGGUCCUAACCUCCCUCACCCGGCCCUCCAAUCUCAUAGCAAACAUGUCCAGCACCCAGAAAGCCAUCGACCGGCACAAUCUGUCCGUGCGACGCUCGGACCGCUGGCCGCUUGGCCUGCUCGACGACGCGAGGAGCAGGGUGCAGCGCGAUGCGCAGGAAAAAAUGGAUAAGAGUAAGGCGGAGCUUGCGGAUUUGGGCAGGGAGUUGAGGUAUACGCAGCAGGUUGUUGCGAGUGAGUUGGCGAGUUGGCAGGAGAAUAGGGUCAAGAUGGGGAGGAAAGCGCUUAGGGAGUUGGCGAGGAGGAUGGUUGUGGGUGAGAGGGCGAGGUUGGAGAGCAUGAGGAGGGCGGUUAGGGAGUUGGGGAUCGGUGAGGGGAAGAAGGGGGAGCAGGGGGUUGUGAAUGGCGUGGCUGUUGAACCUGAAGCUGUUGGGCCGUCUGUGGAAGUGCAAGCAGCACAGGACGGUGGAAGUGGCAACGUUAACGGCGAUGCUGUCAACAGCGGCGUUGAUGCCCCGACUCAAGAAGAGCUAGACGACGUUAUGCUUCCGCCAGAAGAUGGCCCGCAGGUCGAGGAUCUGGUCGAGGGGCCUAGCGACGAGCCUGAUGAAGAGACACCGCUAUUGGACCUGGCGGCAGAGGCUCCCGAGCGGCUCGAUGGCAUUGUUGCACCGACCUCAGAAGACUCUCCGUCGACCGAUGCGACGGCAGAGCAGUAGUCGGAUGCUGUUGCCUUCUUGUUAUGAGACUAUCUGGGCUGGCAGGAAUUUGUUUGGUUUAGAAUAGGGCAUGGGUAUAUCAAGGUUUCAUCGCUGGUCAUGUAGACCACUUAUA